CUAAACUCCAAAGUAUCCCUUUCAUCUUGCAAACCUUUUCCACAGACUCCCCUUCGCGUGGCAAUGUGGAGCAGCUGUAUGGCACUGCGUGGGCUCCAGAGGAUCGCCGUCGCUCCUUUGACCAUCACAAAGGCUGUAGCGAGUAAGGUGCAGAGGGAGAUGUCAACGCUGCCACGGGUUUAUGUCACCAGACAGAUCCCACCCGAGGGACUUAAAAUCCUCAAGGAAUCCGGACAGGUGCAGUUUGAGCUGUGGGACUCAGACGAUGUCCCCGUUCCCAGGAAGGAGCUGCUUCAGAAAAUCCGAGGUGUUGACGCUCUCCUCUGUGUGCUGACGGAAAAGAUUGAUGCCGAGUUGCUGGAUGCUGCAGGUCCGAACCUGAAGGUCAUCAGUACUAUGUCAGUGGGCUUUGAUCACCUGUCUUUGGAGGAGCUGAAGAAAAGAGGGAUCCGUGUGGGUUAUACUCCGGAUGUUUUGACAGAUGCUGUCGCUGAACUGACCGUAGCUCUGCUGCUCACAACCUCCAGGAGGCUCAUAGAGGCCACACAUGAAGCCAAGACUGGUGGCUGGGGCACAUGGAGGACGUUGUGGCUGUGUGGAUACGAGUUGGCCAACAGCACUGUGGGCAUCUUUGGUUUAGGAAGGAUCGGUGUAGCGAUUGCAGAACGUCUGGCACCUUUCAAAGUAAAAAAAUUCAUCUACACAGAUGUGGCUCCCAGGCCCGAGUUGGCCAAGAUUAUCAACGCAGAAUAUGUCUCUAUGGAUGAGCUGGCCAAGCAGUCAGACUUCCUGGCCGUGUGCUGCGCUCUAACUCCAGAGACAAAGGAGAUCUGCAACAAGGAUCUCUUCUCCAAGAUGAAAAAUACCUCAGUUUUCAUCAAUACGAGCAGAGGUGGGGUGGUGAGCCAGGAAGACCUGUACGAGGCUCUGUCCACUGGGCAAAUAGCAGCAGCUGGACUAGAUGUCACCGUUCCUGAGCCCCUACCCACCAACCACCCGCUCUUCACCCUCAAAAACUGCGUGAUUCUCCCGCACAUCGCCAGCGCAUCCUACACCACCCGUAACGCCAUGUCUGUUCUGGCAGCGAAUAACCUCCUCCUGGGCCUGCGGGGCAAGCCGAUGCUCAAAGGCCUGGCGCUUUGAAAAGAGACCCGGCUUCACUCUGAGAUUGGGACAUUUGGGCGGGACUUCAGUCUGCAGAUGUAAUGAGAAACCUGAACAUCUGGCACGUUUACUUCACGUGUCAUGGUUUCUUUUUACUCUCGACUCCUCGAUCUAUUGGGCUGUUUCAUGACCUUUCACAAAUAUAGUAAUUAUAAUAAUAAAAAAACAACCAGAAAACAGAAUUACAUAUUUUUUAAUUCAGUCUAUACAGUAACUGAACAUACUUUACAAUUUCCAUGGGCUUCAACAAUCAAGACACAAACAUUUAACCAUCUCAUGGUUUCACUACAAGUUAUGCAGAAAGAGAUGCACAGUUUUGGCAAAAGCCCAGCUUUUCAAGCUACAAGGCAUAAGGCAGUGAGUUUUCCAACCGAUGCAGACUUUUGUGAUGUUUUCGUUCAAAAGUCUGGGAUAGCAAAGUGAGGGGAAUUUUUCAGGAGGCUGACAAGAGUCAUCUUGAGCUCUGCAGCCGAACCGUCUCAGCUUUACCUCUGUACGUUGUGGAUACCAGAUCCAGCAGCGGGGGAUCGGCCAAAAAGACAAAGUGUCGACAUUUUCAACGAAUGCGUCAAAUAAAAAAAUUAAAAAAGGUCUUGUACUGUACAGUUUAACAGUGUUAUGACUCUACGAUAAGUUGCCAGCACUUUUUUAACAAUGACAGAUGUCACAACACAUCAAGCGAUUAACAUGUACAGAAAAGAAAAGAAAACAUUAAAAGGUGUUUUUUUUUUGUCUUUUUUUGUUUAAUUUAAGUUCACUAAAACAGAACUCUACAACACUGCAUUAACACUGUUUUCAGCUCAACUAUUAACCAAUGAAGUUGCUUUUAUUUACAUCCUGCAGGAGGUGAGGCAGGUUUAUUCAACGUAUAAUAGGAAUAUUGAGGUUUAUAAUCACUACUCCUCCGUUCAUUUCAAAUCUUCAACUAAAACGUAAUUACUUAAUUUACAAUCUGCCGGCAUUACGCUACACGUAGACGGCAACAUACGGAUUAAAAAAAGGCCAAA